CGCAUGGGCUUUGGAAUCAGCAAGCAAGUUACGAUCAACCAAAGGACCAAGGAUAGCCCAAGAAGCACCGUGAUCGUAUUCAGUAAAGAGGACGCAGAGAGUGUACUACAAGGAGAAGACACUGGGACCUACCUUUUGUAUCGGGAUCAUGACACGGACAGGCUGUACCUGUCCUUAAGAUCGACUGAUUAUGUAGAGCACCAUCGAGUGAAUUUCGAGGACAACCUGUAUUAUAUGGACAAUCAACCUUAUCCCUACCUCGACUCAAUCGUCCUAUACCAUCAAAAGCAUAGACUCAACGGUACCAAACUCACUCAUCACGCGCAGCUAAGUGCACGAACGGUAAAGAUGUUUACCAUGAAAGUGACAGCGCGAAACGGAAAUGUCGUCAGAGACGAUAGUGUGACGUCAGAUGAUGACGAGGAGGGAGGGAAUGAUUUAAAAAUUCCAUGGAUAGAACACACUAAUGACAUGAUCCUUGGCAGACAGCGCAUAAGCAAAUCGAGUGGGCGUUUGUGGAUGUCAGGGAUGCAAAAAUCCUUAAAGCGCAUGUCUGUAAGUGAAUCAUAUGACCUUCAAGAUGGCAGCUACACAUCACGUGACCAUGUCCAUGCGAAUUCACUGAUCAAGGGAAAUGGUCACGUGACUCAUUUAGCAGCGGAGGAAUCUGAUGAAUCGGAUGAUCUGGACGAUGUUCGGAAGUAUAUUUUUGAAACUGAGGAGGGACUAGGGGAAGAAAAUAGUGCGUCGAACAACAAUAACAACGUGUCUAGUCGAUAUUCCGGAUAUGUUGUAGACGAAUCUGACAUCGAAUUAUGUGAUGAACAAUCUUCCUCGCUUGAAGACGAAAAUAACAUCUUGUAUUGUAGCCAUUUAUAG